UAUCCUUCAACUGUUAAGAUGAAGGUGUUCGUUGUUGUCGUUCUGUGUGCUCUAGCGCUAGCCGAGGCUGGUGUCUUGGACCUGGUCCGUCAGAAGAGACAACUAGCAAAGGCAAAAGAGAGCGUUAUUCUUGAGAAAACUACUGGCCAUAAAGAUGGAGCACCAGCGAAAGCAACGAAGCCUGCUACGCCCAUGCAGGACUCGCCUUUCGGACACAGAGUUCCUCCAGUCAAUCCCAUGGGCAUGCCUCCACACAGAGGCAUGGCGCCACCACAUAGAGGCAUGAUGCCACCACAGAGAGGCAUGAUGCCACCCCAGAGAGGUAUGAUGCCACCAGGCUUUAACCCAGCAAUGGCUCACCAACAGAGCAUGGGUUCCCCACAUCAGCAGGGAAUGCCCACGAGGAUGCAAGGUCCAUUUGGACAAGAAGGACCAAACAUGAUGCAGCACCCUGACGCAUAUCCACAGGAAAUGUUCCAGGGCGGAGACAACAGGCAGAUGAUGACGCCACCAUGGUAUGCCCAGGGAAUGCGCCCACCGAUGCAGGGUCCUGCCAGCGCGUCAACGCGAACUCCAAAGUCUGACAAGAAACAACCGAAGGGUAUGCGUCCCCCUAUGGCCGGUGGAUUCCCACAAGACAUGCCACCAUACAUGAUGCAGCGACCAGGAGCUUACCCUCAAAGAAUGUCACCUAUGCAGCAGGGUAUGCCACCAAUGCGUCAGGGUAUGCCACCAAUGCGUCAGGGUAUGCCACAGGGUAUGCCACAGGGUAUGCCACAAGGUAUGCCACAGGGUAUGCCACAGGGUAUGCCACCAAUGCGACAGGGUAUGCCACAGGGAAUGCCACCAAUGCAACAGGGAAUGCCACCAAUGCGACAGGGUAUGCCACCCAUGCAACAGGGUAUGUCACCAAUGCAACAGGGCAUGCCACAAAUGCAGCAGGGUAUGCCACCAAUGCAACAAGGUAUGCCACAGGGAAUGCUUUUGACGCGACAAGGUAUGCCACCAAUGCGACAGGGAAUGCCACCCAUGCGACAGGGAAUGCCACCCAUGCGACAGGGAAUGCCACCCAUGCGACAGGGUAUGCCACCAAGGAAUCACGGACCAAAAGCACCUGGCAAGAAAGGUGAGUGGUUCAGUAAACCAGUGACUGCUGGCACCACUGCCGUGCCACACCCUUCCAAAAAGGCUGGCCCCGGUGGACAGCCACGUCCAUCUAGCGCUCUGUUCCAGUUCAGUGCACCAAAUGGUAUGCCUCCCAUGAUGCAACCAGGAAUGGUGGAUUCACCAAUGAUGGAUUCACCAAUGAUGUCCCAAAUGGGAAGUCCCAUGGGAAUGAAUGGACCACAGUCCCCAGGCUUGGAGAAAUUCAUGACUUUCGAACAUCAAAUCGAAGAGUUGAGAAGCAACAUUCUGAAGAGUUUCUACAAAGAUCUUGUGCAAUACAAAAUGGUAUCUGAAAUGUAUCGCACCAGAAUGAUGGCCAAGCUAGCUCUGCUGAACCAACUGGAAGCCAAAGUUGCCAUGCCAGUUAGGAACACUGUUGCCAUAACGACGACAGCCACCGAGUCAAUGGGCCCAGACAUGAACAACAAUGGUCCGAUGUAUAUGGGUAUGCCGCAAUAAUCAACGCUACAACAUUCACAGGCUGGUUCUAGUUGUUUCGUCUGUACACCCAAACAGCCGCCACAUGCUAUGAGAUGUAAGAAGUACUCGAAAUAAAUUAUAUUCAACAAGA